UUGAUUCUUGUCAUAUUUGGAAGUAGUUUUGAACUAACUUUAGUGAUGUGAGGUGCAACUGAAAACGGACUUUCCAUUUUGAAAUAUUUAUAUGAAUAAGUAAUCAGAAAGAGUUUAGUAAAUUAGUUUCAUUCUAUAAACUGAAUGGUAUCGUGAUUUUUGUUACUUAUUUGGAUUUUUUACGAUACUCGAAAAGUGCUAAUUCAUAGUAGUCAUUUCUUUUUUAUUUGGACUAGAAGCAGAUAGCGUUCACUUUUACAUAUUAGCGAAUAAAAGUGCAUUUAAAUCAAUAUUUCAAACAGUUCUGAAUUUGUGCCAAAUUUUUAUUGUUUAAAAUUUACUUUGGGUGAAUUAUUAUACCAUUGAACAGUGAAUAUCAAACACUAAACAUCUCGUACAUCCCUUGUGAAAAUUAUUUUCUGAGUUAGAACUCCCUUUGUGCUUAGAAAAAUGAACUUUGUGUUAAAAAAUACAAUGACUGGUAUAUUCUGCAUUUUUAUCGUGCAUUGGAUAAUCUGUGCGGAGAUCAAUGUGCCUAGUAUAAAUAAUGACAUUUUUCUGGAUUCAACAAAAACUGACAAAGACACACAACACGGCUGUUUAACAGACUGCGUGACGGUUAGUAACGACGCUGACAUGCUUGGUAUGAGAAAAAUUGUAGAUUCAAAAACAAGAAGGAAACGAGACACGAGAAGAUUUAUUCGAUCCCCGCAAUCUGAUGAAUCCGUUCGUUUAUCAAAGCAACAGCAACAAGACGGUGUUUGCCAAUUUGCUUCAACGGGAUCUUACCCACAAGAAUGGCAAUCGGAACCAUACAAAAGCCGCUUAGAUAAGUCGCCCAUAUGGGACAAUGGUGACAGGAGGAUUAGGCAAAUAUGUGGUGGUACGCGAGUGUUUCGACCAGAACCAAAUAAUGCGAUGUACUCCCUCUUCAAACAAUAUUUAUUAAAUGAGUACAACUACACCAAUCAAAAUUCUGAGUUCGACUCGGUAUGUUACAUUCCUCCUGAAGAAACAGAUACAGUGGAAACUUCGAGCUCGCGACCUCCUGCAACACGACCUACAUCACAGGUUCCCCCAGUUCAACCACCCACAGAUAUAUGCUAUUGUGAUGAAGAAACCGCUAUCGAAAGAUUAUGGCGAAUAAUAACAUUCAGAUAUUAACCGUAUACAUAAGGACAGGAUCAGGCUAAUUUAAGAACGUUCUGGGUGAUCUAUGCAGCUUUCAACAUGUAGAAUAAAUGCCAUAAGGAAUUAUAUUUGCGAGCAGUCUUAACCGAA